AUGUGUACAUCUCAGAACAUCUGCUCAAUCAAAUUCCGCCGGGAGAUUCUGUUUGAUGAGAUUCACAAUAUGGCUUGCCUUGAUAUCCUACAGACCAAUAAAUCAGUAGGCAUUCGUCGCAUAGAAAAAGUACCACUAGAAUUGGAGUGUGCAAAACGUACUCUGUUUUAUACACGUGACACCGAGCACAAAGUGUUCAGUGCCGCUCGAUGUGCACAAAUGGGUUCUUGUUUACAAGGCGCAUGUUCUAUGACUAAGCCAGAUGACAUGAUCGAUGAAUUUGCAAAUGCCUUGCUCUACCCGGGAUACACGGGUUGUGAACCCUCAUGUGGAGAGCUUAUAUGGAUGCCUUCUACCACUUCCAUCGUGUUCAUUCUAUCGUAUUGCCCACGUACCCAGAAACAGCUUUGUGUACGAAAUCGCUGA